CCCCCAUUGUUCCACAGCUCAUUCUUGGUACGCGCUUUUUCUCUCUCAAGAAAUUACUGUCUGUGUGUUGAAGGGGAAUUGAAGAAUCGCUAAUCGGAGGAAAGGAGGAAAAAUGGCGAUGAAGGAGAAGGCAAGUGGAGGGAACGCUAAGGUUGUCAACGGCGUUAAGGAGGUGCACUACAGGGGCGUCAGGAAGAGGCCUUGGGGCCGCUACGCCGCCGAAAUCCGAGACCCCGGCAAGAAGAGCCGCGUCUGGCUGGGCACAUUCGACACCGCCGAGGAGGCGGCGCGUGCGUACGACGCCGCAGCUCGGGAGUUCCGUGGCCCGAAGGCGAAGACCAACUUCCCCCUCCCGUCUGAGGCUGCCCACAGCCCCAGCCAGAGCAGCACCGUCGAGUCUUCCAGCGCCGACCUCAACCCCAGGGCUCCCGUCGAGCUCGAUCUCACCCGCCGCCUCGGCGCUAACCCCGAAACCGGCGUCACCGUCGCCGAGGCCGGUGGAUUGAACCCCAUCAACGCGUAUCAGUUUUUCCGGCGCCCACCGGCGAUGGCGGUUUUGCCCAACGGGCAGCCGGUUUUCCUGUUCGAACCGAUGGUGAAGCCCGGCAUGGCGGCGGCGUACAGGACGAACCAGGCGGGCGCCGGGUUCCCCCGCGGCGGUGCGUUGCAGAGCGAGUCGGACACAUCGUCAGUGGUGGAUGAGAACAAUUUUGAUGGGCCCGACGGCAAGAGAGGGCUGGAUCUCGAUCUCAAUCUGCCCCCGCCGGUGGAAGCUUGAAAUCUCCGAUGAUAACUGAGGAAGAAAACUGACGACUUUGGAUGUGUAAAUAUAUUUCUGAAACAAUUCACCCCUUUUUUGCAGCUGAGAGGAAUUUCUCUGGUUGUUCACCAUUAUGGCCGGCUUAGGGUUCCAUUAAUUUCUUUUUUUUUUUUUGAAAAAAAUCAA